GCCGCUGAUCAUGAUCUAAUCUCCUCCGCCAUCGCCUCACGCCGUCUCUUUCCCGCCUCCCCUGGUCCAUCCAAUUCCAUCCUCGAUUCCUCCACCGUAAUCAUCCGCCUUGGAUCCGCCGGCGUAGCGGUUGCAACCUACACACCGAACCCCUAUGUGGAUUUCCGUCAAUCCAUGGAGGAGAUGGCGGCGGCGAUCGGGGUUUCCGGCCGUGGGACUCAGAUCGACCUCGCCGUCCUCCGCGAGCUCCUAUUCUGCUACCUGGAGCUCAAUCGAAAACAGGCGCAUAAGUAUAUUCUGAGCGCUUUUGCGGAUCUUCUAUUUUCACUCUUUAGCGAAGAGAAGGGUUUCGGCGGCCAUGAAUGAGGGGAGUGCUCUGGGCUCUGUUCUGUUCUGUUCUGUUCUAAGAGACAUUCGUUUCGCAUGUUUGCUUCAGCUUUAGCUUUAGCUUUUACGGGUGCGUUUGUAACGGGUGUACUACGUACUGUUCUGGAGCAUACGUACAUAGCAACUUAUUUAAA